AUGCAAUCGAAUUUGAGCAUUAGUAGUAAGGUAGCCCAUGAUUUCUUUCCCUUUUUCAAAGUACAUGAAGGUGGCAACAUAGCCAGAUAUGUGCCUAUUGAAAAAACAUCACCUUAUGAUGAUCCUUGCACGGGUAUUAGAUCCAAAGAUGUGGUUAUAUCAUUCAAACCUACAAUCUCUGCUCGUAUUUUUAUACCCAAAAUUCAAAACCCAACCAUCAAACUCCCCAUUCUUGUUUACUUUCAUGGAGGUGGGUUUUCACUAAGAUCAGCUUUUGACCCACUUUAUCAUGAAUACAUAUCUUCUCUUGUCAAAGAAGCUAAUAUCAUUGUUGUCUCAGUCGAGUACAGGUUAGCUCCAAAGCAUCCAAUACCAGCAUGCUAUGAUGAUUCUUGGGCAGCCUUGCAAUGGGUAACUUCCCAUGCAAAUGGAAAUGACCAAGAACCAUGGUUGAGUAAUCAUGGAGAUUUAGGAAGGAUUUUCAUUGGUGGUGAUAGUGCUGGAGCAAACAUAUCAUAUAACUUAGCAGUGAGGAUUGGCUCAUCUGGGCUAGCAAGGAUCAAAUUAGAAGGAACGGUUUUGGUGCACCCUUAUUUUAUGGGUGUAGAUAAGCUUGAUAAGAUGUGGUUGUAUAUGUGCCCUAGAAAUGAUGGAUUGGAGGAUACUAGGAUAAAAGCAACGAAGGAAGAUCUUGCUAGAAUUGGGUGUAAGAGAGUGAUAGUUUUCGUAGCUGGAAAAGAUCAAUUAAGAGAUGCUGCUAUAUCUUUCUACGAGGAAUUGAAGAAAAGUGGAUGGAAAGGAAAGGUGAAGAUUGUAAUAAAUGAAGGGGUAGGUCAUGUGUUUCAUUUGUUUAAGCCAAGGAGUGAGCAGGCUUUGUUUCUUAUGAAAGAAUUUGUUUCUUUCAUUAAAAUCCACGAAGUGGAGGUUUUGAAAAGCAUGAUUUGAUGAUAUUAAUCAUCAUUAAUGCUUUUUAGUUGUUUAAGAACAAAAAUUGGAAAAGAAUGCUUCAGUUUUGGUUUUAAUAUUGAACAACAUAACUUACAUUAUAGUUGGAGAAACAUAUUCAAAUGGUUGGAAGA